AUGGUGGUACAGAAAAGUGAAUACCUCAAGAAACCACAGGCUAAAGUUCAGUAUCAAAUUGCAUUCCAUUUGAGAGGUCUUUUGGGUUCAGGUGGAACAUAUAAGUUGAAUUCAUUCAACCCUCAUCUAGCUCGUCUUCAACAACAUCAGCAGCAGCAGCAGCAGCAGCAGCAACAGCAUCAAGUUAGUUCACGCCAUGACCAGUCCAGUAGAAACAUGGCUUACCGACAAAACCUAAAUCCAGCCACUGCUGCAGUGAUGGCAAAUUUUUCUCAGAUGGCUGGGGCUAACAGUAAUCCUUUGGGAAUGGUUAACCUUAGUGGAACACAGUUAACUGCACCAACAGGAAUCAGCAUUACACCUGUUCCCCAGCAGAAAACCUCUCACCAGAGUCAGUUGCAUGGCCAUAAUCAGCAGAAACAGCAUUUGAGUUUACAAGGAAAUUUACGCAGCAUAUUAUCACAAAGUGGGGUGGGACAAAAAAACGAUUCACGGCAGCCAUCACCGCACAGCACACAACCUCAGAUCAAGAAUGACAGUGGGAGCCCAACACCGUCAUGGCAUAUUCCUCAGACAGCUGAAUCUUCUAAAAGCAUCACUCCUCUCGUUUCGAUACCUGCAGAGAACGUAGACAACUCCUUCAAGAUAGUUUUGGGUGCCAGUAGUGCCAGUAAAGUCAGCAGUGGGGUGAGUUCAACUACGACUACCCCAAAUACCUCCACCUCCAACAGUAUACCCACAAACAUACCCUCCCUCUCCAGGAUUCCAGGAUACAGGUCUAUCCUUCCCAAGCCCUCAGAAAAUCUAGACCAAGGGAAGGAAGGACAAUUCCCAAGCGAGAACUUGGGUCAGGACUCCAGCUCAAGGGAUGACAAGGUUAAAAGUGGAAAUUUUGCACCAUCAGUCUCUGUUGCCUUGGCUGCUCUGGCAUCACCUACCUUGUUGCCAGAUUUAACGAAUGAGAAGUUGAAAGUUGACUUGAAAAAUAGAGAUGAUCAAUCUAAUUCCAAUCAAGCCGACAGUUCCUCUAGCCCAUCUGCAGAAGAUAGACUGAGAAUAACUGAAAAUG